GGCGCAGCAGCAGGCCAAUACCUAGGUGCACUGUGCCCCCCGCGGCCGUGUGCAGGCGAUAGCGGUCGGCUCCACUGUAGAUGGUGUCUGCGUGCAGCAGCUGUGGCCCACCACCCACAAAGGCCCGUACCAGCUGUUCCCGCCAACUGCCCAAGGGCCUCCAUGAGGGCAAUCCAGCUGGUUAUCUAUCUCUAGUCCUAUAUAAAAGGAGAAUUAGACAAGAAAGACACUGCCAUUUCCAGCAACCCAAGCCCUGUCUGCAUCUCUGUAGUGGAGCCUUUUGGACAAGCCCUACAACCAUGGAGGGACCUUCAGGAAACCCACUUCCAAGUCAGCCUUUGCUAAGGAAGGCCCAAAGAAGUAUGAUACCUGAGAAAUUACAGAAGAAGAGGGCCCAGGCUGCCAAGAACAAGGUCAAGGCCAAACACCGAUCUGGGGUCACUCCUGUUCUUCCUGUGAGGCUGACCAGUUGCAUCUUCACAAAGCCUGUGACUAGAAUAACUUCCCACCCUGGGAGUAAGACCAUGCGCAGUAAAGAAGAAGAGAAGAUGGUGAAACCCCGGCAGCUCUGCGCAUUAAGGAGACUGCAGGAAUAUCAAGAAAACAGUAAAGAGGAACAGUUACAUCCACUGGAUCUUACAAAUGCCGUACAAAGAAGUACAGUGGGAACGCAGGCUGGAGCCAGAGUUCCAACAGCAGCUAACGAUCUGCACACUGAAGGGGAACAGUUACAUCCAUUGGAUCUUACAAACUCCGUACAAAGAAGUGCCCUGGGAACGCAGGCUGGAGCCAGAGUUCGAAGAGGUGCUAUCGACCUGCACACUACCUCGGAGUUCACCUCUGUCCAGCCCCGGAGUUCAAAAAAGAAGGUGCAAGGGACUCCUGAGCCGUCGCCACUAUCUUUCUACGGUCAAAGGAUAACGACGGCUGUGGCUCUUCAGCUGUCACCUUCUUUCUACAGACAAGGGGUAACUACUGCAGACAUCCGGAGACAGACCCGGAGAGUAAACAAAGCCCGGAAGAAACUGGCUGCGGCCUUGGAGGCAGAUAGGCUUGCCAGGCAGGCUGAGAAUAUGGGGAAUGGAACAUAGCCGAGUGUUAGGAAAACUGAAUGAAAACAGAGUGUGGUAGCCUCUGCAAUUUCUCCAUAAAGGAAGUUUGUAUGUCUUUUUUGUUUUAUUUUUCGAGAUAGGGUUUCUCUGGGUAGCCCUGGCUGUUCUGGAACUCUGGAGACCAGCCUACCUCUGUCUCCAGAGUGUUGGGCUUAAAGGUGCCUCUACCACCCAGC